UCGCGUGUUCUGCUCGAUCCUCAUCCCACUCCUACAACCCUCAUCUCCCCCCGCUCUGGCACCGCUGCUUCCGCUCUAAGAAGAUGAAAGAAACUAUCAUGAACCAAGAAAAGCUUGCUAAGCUCCAGGCCCAAGUGCGCAUUGGUGGCAAGGGUACUGCCCGCAGAAAGAAGAAGGUUGUCCAUAGAACAGCUACAGCAGAUGACAAGAAACUUCAGUUUUCUUUGAAGAAACUGGGUGUCAACAAUAUUUCUGGAAUCGAAGAGGUAAAUAUGUUCACCAGCCAAGGAACAGUCAUUAACUUCAAUAACCCUAAAGUUCAGGCAUCCCUGGCUGCUAACACUUUCACUAUCACUGGUCAUGCUGAGACAAAGCAGCUGACAGAAAUGCUUCCUAGCAUCUUAAAUCAGCUUGGAGCUGACAGUUUGACUAGCCUGAGAAGAUUGGCAGAAGCCCUACCCAAGCAAUCUCUGGAUGGAAAAGCACCACUCGCUACUGGUGGUGAUGAUGAUGACGAUGAUGAAGUUCCAGAUCUUGUUGAAAACUUUGAUGAAGCUUCAAAGAAUGAGGCAAACUGAACUAAGUGACACAUUGUGAAUAAAAUUAAAACUUGAAAAAGCUACAUGGAGCUGCUAUUUUAUAUUGUGACUGCUUUUAUUUGAUUUCAUUUUUAUUUCCUGAUGAGAGCUCAAGAUGUGUAAUAUUUGGAAACUCCUGAACCUGCAGCUCUUAUUCAGUUAUUGCUUGUACACAGUAUUGUUUCUGUGGCCUAGUUUAACAAGCCUAUGCUUCGAAAUAAGUCAGAUUGCUAAUCAAUCUCUACCUAGACACAAAUUUUGAGCAACUUGUCUACAAGCAAAACCCCAUCUUUAAUGAACUUUGCCAUACAAUAAAGAAUAUAAAA